AUGGGCGGCGGUCCAGGAGUUUCGAAUGGGGAAGGGUCGCCGACGGAUGGCGGUCCACAAGCUCCUGGUAGCUCGUCAAAGCCGCAAGUGGGUACAGAUGAGUGGCACAAGAUUCGGAAAGACAAUCACAAAGAAGUCGAGCGUCGCCGCCGUGAAACGAUCAACGAAGGGAUUAACGAGCUCGCGAAGAUUGUGCCCGGCUGCGAGAAGAAUAAGGGCAGCAUUCUCGCCCGUGCGGUGCAAUUCAUCACACAGCUCAAGGAAAACGAAACGCAAAACAUUGAGAAGUGGACGCUGGAGAAGUUGCUGUCCGAGCAAGCUAUCACUGAGCUCGGGACCAGCUGCGAUAAGCUCAAAGCUGAGUGUCAACGGGCGUGGGCGGAGUGCGAGCAGUGGAAGAAGGCUGCACAGAAGGCGGGUGUGACGAUCGAUCAUGAUGAGAAGGGUGAGGGUGAUGCUGAGUAG